GAAAUUUCAGUUUCAAGUUGUUUCCAUUCAUUUUUAACGCACAAACAACCAACCUAUACAUACAUCCAUCUACUUAAUAUUCGCACGCGUCGCCGAUUAAAUAUUUCCGGCCAUGUAAUUAAUUUUGAUCGGCCUUCGUCACUUCUCGGCGAUGAGUUCACUUUCCGAUGAUUUUUGUAGCUUCGUGAUUGGAUUUGUUUGGGAAUUUGUGUUGUUUGAUUGAAAGGUUUAAAGGUUUGAUGUAGUGGAUGGAUCAUUGAUGGGUGGAUGAAUGUUGGAGUAUGAUGGCAUGCAAAAAUUGAGACUUUUUUUUUUUUGGUUGUGUGAUUGGUUUGACUUUGUUUCGUGUUGAACGGGGAGUUUAGGUAGUAAUGGAUUUUAAGUCGAAGAAGAAGUUUUGUUGUUCCACUUCGAGGACUAAUGACAAUGAGUUAUUGGAGGAAGGAGGGGUUAGAGGUGUUGUGGAUAGGAGACUACAUGGAGGAGAUUGUGAUGGUGGUUUGAGGAUUGGUUUGGAGGAUUCUUUAAUUCCUGGUCUUCACGAUGAUGUUGCGUUGAAUUGUCUUGCUUGGGCUAGUAGAUCGGAUUAUUGUUCGUUAUCUUGUCUUAAUACGGGGUUUAAUAAAUUAGUGAGGAGUGGGUACUUAUAUGAGCUGCGCAAGAAAUUAAAGAUUGUGGAGCAUUGGGUCUAUAUGGUUUGUGAUCCAAGAGGGUGGGAGGCAUUCGACGCAAUGAGGAAUAAGUGGGUUAAAUUGCCUAAAAUUCCAUGUGAUGAGUGUUUUAAUCAUGCCGAUAAGGAGUCAUUGGCUGUAGGCAGUGAAUUGUUAGUUUUUGGGCGUGAGCUAUUUGGAUUUGCGACGUGGAAGUAUAGCUUGAUUCAAAAUAGUUGGUUGAAGUGUGAAGGAAUAAAUCGUCCUCGUUGUUUAUUUGCUUCAGGUAGUCUAGGAUCAAUUGCCAUUGUCGCAGGAGGGAGUGACAAGAAUGGGAAUAUCCUAAAAUCGGCUGAGCUUUAUGAUUCAUCAACUGGUAGAUGGGAAAUGUUGCCAAACAUGCACUCACCGCGUAAAUUAUCUAGCGGUUUUUUUAUGAAUGAAAAGUUUUUCGUGAUAGGAGGGAUGACAAGUCACACUGAUUCAUUAACUUGCGGGGAGGAGUUCGAUCUUAAGACGCGAAAAUGGAGGAGAAUUGAAGGGAUGUAUCCAAAUGUUAGUAAAGCUGCCCAGGCCCCCCCUCUUGUUGCUGUUGUUGAGAACGAAUUAUAUGCAGUUGAGUACUUGUCCAACGAAGUAAUUAAGUAUGACAAGGAGAAGAACAAGUGGGAUGUGUUGGGUAGACUUCCGGUUAGAGCUGAUUAUUCAAAUGGUUGGGGGCUGGCUUUCAAAGCCUAUGGGAAGCAACUUCUAGUGGUAGGCGGCCAAAGGAGCCAAGAAGGUGAAGCUAUUGUGUUAAAUUCUUGGUGCCCAAAAUCAGGGGUCAAGAAUGGAACUUUGGAUUGGAAGGUGCUUGGCGUGAAGGAAAAAGUAGGGGUGUUUGUUUACAAUUGUGCUGUCAUGGGUUGUUAAAGAUUUGUUUUGUAGGUUGACUCUUUGAUUCACGCACAAAAACAGUUUUUCUUUUCAAUUUGAAAUGGCCUUGAAAUGUUUGAAGGCACAAUUAUUUGAUUGUUUACAAGUUGUUC